AUGACCCAGAAGUGCGAGCUAGGUCAGCAAUGCCAGAUGCCAACCUUCGCCACGGUUUAUGGCGGCCAUGAAACAAAGAAAUGCUUCAAUUGCAAGGCGGAAAACCUCAGAAUUGUCCAGGUGCAGAAGCAGCCCUCUCGAGUGAGGACAAGGCCCAUUCUCGCAAGAGGGCCAAGGGCGAGGGCAUGCAACGCCGCUCGAAAGGCGGGGGAGGACGAUAUUUUGGAGGCAGGACAUUGGAUCGACCAGGAGUUUAUGGAGGAUCUUGUGGGUAAAGAAGAAGAUCGGUCUCCUGCAAAACCCUGGGCAGAUAAGCUCGAUCAGUAUCGCUGGCCGUGA